GCCGCGCUUCUUUCACUUUCUUGCCGACGCUAAUACCAAGCUGCCCACAAAAAGAGCGUCCGUUUCUCUGCACCACGCCGGUGACAAUCUCGUAAACCAACAGGCGCCUUGGCACGCACGUCGGUGGUGAGGAAUUAUGUGAGGCUCUCGAGCGUCGGAAAGGCAAUACGGCAGCAACCAGCUUUCUGGCUGGGCCAAUCUGCCCGCGGAAUGCUGUCAAGAUCUCGCCCUCUCACCCUCUUCCUCCGUCUCCCUCCGUGACGCCCUGCGCACGCGUUUGCGGGGAAGAAUUUCCGUGAUGUGCAUGCGUUGGCCACCCUACUACAGUGAUAGAGCUGAGAUUCGCCACGACGCAGCAAGAGGACCUUUGGGAAACAGUCUGUCCUGUUCUUCUUUUCUUGCGCUUUUGGCUUCGUUCCGAUCGUCCGCGAGUCUUCCCCUCGUUUUUACACAAUGGCGGACCGGUACUCUGUGAAGCUGUUGCGGCCCAUGGAGGGCGUCCCCGUCCCCGAGCGGACCAAGACCAAGAUCGCCCGGGACGUCAAGCUUCUCAACAAGAUGAAGCAGGCGAAGGAAGCCCACGCAAAGAAGGUUCAUGCACAGCGUCAUGCGCUCAAGAUGAGGACAUACAAGUAUGUCAGCGAGUACAGGAAGGAGAGAGAGAACCUCAUCAAGCUGAAGCGCGAGGCCAAGGCGAAGGGUGGCUUCUACAAGGAACCCGAGGCAAAGGUUAUCCUGGCCACUCGCAUCAAGGGUAUCAACAAGCUUGCUCCCAAGCCGAAGAUGAUUCUCCGUCUCUUCCGGCUGCGCCAGCUCCACAACGCGGUCUUCAUCAAGGUCAACAAAGCCACCAUUGAAAUGUUGAAGGCUGUCCAGCCCUUCAUCACUUACGGCUACCCGACCCUGAAAACUAUCCGCCAGCUCAUCUACAAGCGUGGCUACGCUAAGGUCGGCAAGCCCGGCGCCCACUCGCGCAUCCGCCUGCAAGCGAACGACAUCGUGUCCCAGCACUUGGGCAAGUACGGCAUCCACGGAGUCGAGGAUUUGGUUCACGAAAUCUACACUUGCGGCCCGUACUUCAAGCAGGCGAACAACUUUUUGUGGCCGUUUAAGCUCAACUCUCCCCGCAAGGGAUUCACCAGCAAGCGCCACGGCUACAACGAGCCCCGCAAGGGAGACUGGGGUAACAGAGAGGAAAUGAUCAACGAGUUGGUCCAGCGAAUGAUCUAAAAGCAGACGGCGUCCGCGCGGGAGGGUGGCCGAGGGCCGCUGAAUCUCGUGCACGUGGUGUCUUUGUUCUGUAGUGAAGCAACUGCGCAUCCAACUCUCACCGUCCAAUCGUAACAGUGACUUCUGGAGAAAAACAGAGACGGUCGUUGCCGGCCGUGUAUUCGAAAAGCGCGGCGGAAGCGACGGAGAUAUGCCGGGAAUCGGAAGCUCUCUUCGCGAGGCAAAAGCAAAGAGAGCAGACUUCAUAAAAUCAGGUGCAUAGAUAAAGAGGACUAGACAUGUCGAGCUGCACACGAGCGACAUUCUGAUUUUUAAGCUAUGCACAGGUACAGCAUGCAAAAUGCAUCUGAUGCUCAACAAGCAGAAAUAGAAUGCAAUAGCCUGUGAAUUCCUUUUCGCAAGCACCCGGAUUGCACUGUAAGCCCAACUUUGUUGCGCGUGAUGCAUCCUGCACAGAACCCCGUCAAGACACGUACCAAGGAAGUCAUUGGAGCUGAGGAUAUUCUGUGGGCAAAGUCGUCUGCGCACGGGGUUCCUUCCACACGGCGAGGAGCCUUUUUCAGUUCACUCGUAGAUCGACGUAAUGGCUUCGCGUCACAAGUUCAUUUGUACCGUUAAAUAACAGUUAACUGGACAGAACGCCACUCGACGGGCGACAGAGAAUCUGUGCGGGGGAGAGUACGUGAUAACAGUUGAGAAAGAAACGCAACAGUGGUGUGUCUUUGUCUGAUCAGUCACAUACACAAUUUACGAGACGUUCCUCGACAGAGAAGCGUCUGCCCCUGAAAGACACUCUCUUGCGGCCUCAACAACAGAGUCCACGGAUUCUUCUGACAGAGGAAAGCGCAAGAAAGCAGAUGAACUGUUAAGCGACCCGCAUCGAAGUGGAGACAGGAGAGAGUCGGUCGGCCCAUUCCACUGUGAACGAGACCGAUAGCAGUCUUUCGAGCAUGAAAGUGUAGUGGUGGAUACCUGGCGUAUCAUUCCGUGGGUGCAAAUGAUGACUAGUUCACCGGACUGUUUCACUCCUUGAGAAACCAUGAAAUUUUUCUUUAGUCCGUCUCCAGUAGCCAUGGACAACGGUUUAUUUGUGGCUGUGUCGCUUCUUGUCGAGGUCUUUCACCGAUUUCGUUUGCUGUUGCUAACUUGAGUGAACGACACUGGGGCCGCUGGCAGUCAAUGGCCGUAUCCUUCUUAUCAGACUCCAAGAACGAGAGGACCUAAAUUCGUUCUGCG